GGGGGAUGGAGGAGCCGAUGAGCUGGGGCAGUAACGCCGGCUGCGGCCUGCUAAAGGAGAAGUGUAUGACGAACGGUGCCACGAAAUACCCGGACAUGUUCUGCAGCGAAAAGAAAAUGCGAUGCACAUCUGACCGCACAGGUGUUGGUAUAUGUUCACUGUCGAACGACGAGAAAAGUCUUCCUGAGGAGCACCGCUACUUUGCGGACGUGAUGUUGGGUGGCGAUGAGUCGUUGCUGACAGACUACUGUCCUGUUGUUGAUACCGUGUUAUUCACUUGCGAAGAGCCACUAGCGACUUCGUUAGACCAUAGUACGUCUGGGAGCGAUUCGUGGUGCCUGGACGCUGAUUCCCUCGUUGUGAAUGAUGAGUACUCGACUGUUAAGAUUGACGGGGUCUGCGCGGCUGUGUCUUGUGCCGGUGGCGCAGUGAAGGUGCGAUAUCUUGGCGACGAGAAGUGGCACAGCUGCCCCGAGGGUUGUUCACUCAGG